CUUUCACCAAUGUGGAUAAAAUUAAUUUACAGAAAUUAUAAUUGUGUUAAUAAUAAAUUAAUAAAACUAAUUACUAGUUGCAGAGUUUUAUUUUAUCUAAUGGGAUUUCAGGCAUGAUUAUUUUGUGGGCUAAUGUCAAAACCACGUGUGGACCAACUUUAAAAAUAUGAGUUCGUUCAAGAAAUUGAAUACAAAAAUCUACCAAAAAAGUGCGUCUGUGGUCACACCAGACUUUAUUUAUUGGAAGCAACUUAGUCCCCCUGUCUUAGUGAAGGAGUUUGGCCCCAUUGAUUACAUCGAUUUUUCUCCUGUUGAGCCCUACUACUUUGCAGUAACAUGUUCAGUGCGUGUGCAAGUCUACAAUCCGGUUACAAAACUAGUAGCUAAGAAUUUAUCAAGAUUUAGGGAAAGUGCUUAUGGGGCUGUUUUUCGAUCAGAUGGUCGGCUUAUAUGUGCCGGUGGUGAAGAAGCCAGUGUUAAAUUAUUUGAUGUUUCGACAAAAAGUCUUUUAAGAUUGUUUAAAGGACACAGUGCUGCAAUUCAUAGGACAUUUUUCAUUGAAGGGAAGCCUCAAAUUGCGUCAUUUUCGGACGACAAAAGCGUGAAAAUUUGGGACAUUCCUACUGAGACUAACGUUAUUACAUAUUCAGACCAUACUGAUUACAUCAGAGCUGGGGCUACAAAUCCUGCCGUUCCUGAUGUUGUCCUUGCAGGAGGAUAUGAUAAUUUUAUAAAAAUGUAUGACACAAGGACAAAUGAAAUGAUUCUCAAUGUGAAUCAUGGUAGUCCUGUUGAGUCUCUUUUAUUUUUACCCAGUGGUAGUAUUUUUCUAUCAGCUGGAGGGACGGAAAUUAAAAUAUGGGACACAGUGGCUGGUGGUAAAUUACUGGGGAGUAUUUCCCAACACCACAAAACCAUAACUUGUCUCAGAUUGGCCUCAGAUAACAAACGAUUGUUAUCAGGAAGUUUGGAUAGACAUGUAAAAAUCUAUGACCUCAGUAGUUACAAAGCAGUUCACACUUUAGACUACCCUAAUGCUAUUUUAAGUAUGGGGGUUUCCAAAAAUGACGAAACAGUAGUUGUGGGCCUUGUUGACGGUUUAGUCGCGAUAAGUCGUAGAGAAGAUGAGAAAACAGAAAAAGUUAGAAAACAGAUUUCUUUCCAACACAAAACAAACUUGCAUCAGCCCACUGUUGACGUAAUCAUACCUCAGUUUAAUCAGGAAAAAGAAACAAAAUAUGAUAAAUGUUUGCGUAAAUUUGAAUAUUCCAAAGCACUCGAUUGCGUUUUAGUGUCCUAUGUGGCAAAUAAAACGCCCCAAGUGACUGUAAGUGUGAUUCAAGAGCUUAUAAAAAGACGAGCAUUACAAAAAGCUUUUGUUGGACGAGACGUAAAGUCAUUGACUCAAAUUUUACGAUUUUUUAUUAGAAAUAUAACAGAAAAUCGCUUUGCUAAGGUAUUAAUUGAUGCAGCAAAUAUUUUUAUUGAUACUUAUGAAGAAAAUCCACUAAUUUUGAAUCCAGAAGUUAGGAAUUUGUUAAUCAGUUUGACUCAUCUCCUAAGAGAAGAAGCAGAAAUUGCAAAUGAUAUGACCGAGUUGCAAGGGGCCAUGCAUAUGCUAUUAUCAGCAGCAACAAUACACACAGAGGCAAGGCCAGAACAAAAUGUUCAUCAUAAUUUGUUACCAAGUAAGGAGGCCCAAAAAAAUCUUAUAGUGAAUCUUACCUGACGUCAAUAAAAUACAUUUUA